CUUUCUUCAAAACACACACACAUACACACAUAAUAAAUACAUAUAAAGCCCACCCCUAACCCCCAUUAUUAUUUUCCCUACUUUCUCUCUGCCACCAGCACCAUUCUCAUCCUUUCUCUUUCUCUCUCUCUCUUCCAAUCUCGCAAUCGAUAACAUGAGUGAUGAUAACUGGGUGACAGCGGCCAUGGAUGACACGGACUUGGUGGUUCAGGUUCUAUUCACACUCCGUCAACCGGCGUCGGCGUCGCACCACAAGUCGCCUCCACUUGGUUGGAGCAUCCGUCAGCGCCGUUCCAGACCGCAGGUUGUGGUGGCACCUGCCGCCGCUAAGAAAUCUCCUGCCGCUAGAGCUAGCCCUACCACUCCGUUGUCCUGGAGCGGUGCCACUUCCAUCAGCGGCGGCGGCGGUAUCGAGGAGUCAAGCAAACCAAUUCAAAACCGCUCCGAUAUUUCGAGAUCUAAGGUUGCAAGACCAAAUGAAACAACCCCUACCAAGAGGCCAAGAAAAAAGAAGACAUUGGCUGAACUUAAAGAGGACGAGUCAUUUUUAUUAAAAGAAAGAAAGCAACUAAAGAGACAACUAGCAACCCUACAAGCUACAAUUGAGAAACAAAGAAACGAAAACGAGAGCCUCAAGAAAAUGAAGAUGGAUAUGCAAUUGCAGCAACAAGGUGAAGGUGAAGGUGAAGAUGAAGGUGAUGAGUUUGUGCUUCCGGAUUUGAAUAUUCCGGCUGGUGAAGAUGAGUAAAGUAGGUAGGGAAUAGAAUAACUGCAGAGUGAGUAUAUGAUGAAGUCAACAAUAGAAAAAUAAGUUCUAACUGUUGAUGGGUAGGCCUAGGGCAAAUGUAAGUAGAGAAAAAAGACUUUUGUUGGUAUGGUUUGUUUGAUAUUUCAGGAAAGAUAAUAGAGGAGAGGAUUAUAGUGUAGAAAUCUUUUAACCCUUUUAUAUUUGGUCUUAUAUUUUUUGGUCACAUAUAAACAAGUGUGUCGGGAU